CCAGCAAGGACUGUUUUUCACUAUCAGACGUGGUACAAGUUCUGACAUGGCACGACUACGCCUCCAGCUCGUUCUGCUACUGAGUGUGGUGAUGUAUGGGGUGUAUGGGAGACCAAUGCACAACCCAGUUGAACCAGAUUCUUACUCGUAUCUCCAUGCCAAAUUACAAAAUCCCUCGCAACAGAGCACGGGCAAGGCAAUGAUAAGCAUCUUACGUACAUGCGCGCGACUGAGAAGCGGGAUCUGUGCUCCAUUCUCAACUCCCUCUGGACCUACCCCUACAGAGGAGAGCACGCCCCCUAGCGAUACAUGGCUGACUGAUCUGAUAAUAACUGCUCUAAGUAAAGAGAACAGAGAAGAAAUGGUGGCCACACUCCGCAGUAGUGCCAGACUGCGCAAACGGGUCUGUGAGGUAAGCGAGACGGACCAGGCGGCACACGGCAACGAGAACAGGGAACAUGUUGAGACUAAUGCCAUAGAGUCUAGCUACAGCGAUGAAUUCGUCAGUUUCCUGCAAAGUCGUAAGAGACGAUCUACUGUCGAGGAAGCACUUGAAAAAUUGCCACAAUUGGACGACUCAGAUUCGCUUGACGCAGCACCUGGUGUUGGCGCACGUGAAGAAUAUGUAGAGAUGCAUGAACCAACUGAAAGAAAAGCGCCCGGAGUUGUGUUGCGUGACGCGGAAGAAUCUGAUAAAUCACGUGGCUCAGACGAGAAAGAGUCUGGAGUCGUUGCACGUGACGAGUCUGAAACACGCGAUGAUCCUAGUCAGCCCGCCGAUGGAGAAUUUGCUAUUGCUACACCCAUACCUCCACUUUUAACCUCAACCUCAGGUAUCGAGAAACCUUUCCCUAUGACUGCGACCGCUAACACUCUUCUGCGUCUUGACGGAACAUUCGACGAGUCUCUCCUCAUCCAACCCGAGUCACUGGCGGAGAGUUCCGAGUCCUCCCCGAAAAGGAGACGUCGAGGUGUGAGCAACUUAGAUAUUGAAAAUGAGCAAGUAACUUCAAGCUCUGAGAAAAGGCUACAUCCGGGCAUCAAGAAACGUGUACAUCCGGGUCACGUUGAGCCUGGCGUAGAAAACAGACCCUCGCGAAACAAUGUCGAAAAACGCGUAGAAAUACCCGAUAAAGAAAUAGAGCUAGCGUUAAAAUACGAAGAAGACGACGAGAAGCGAAGCAACGAAGGGGGGGAACUAAACAAGCAAAUGUCGUCGGCUCCUAAAAAACGGGGAAAACUUCAAACCACCUUGAAGAAAAAGGAAAAAAUGGAGCCCAAAGAUGUCGAGGAGUCGCUUCAUGAGCAGGAGAAAUCUGACGCCUCUAAAAGAGGAAAGCUUGGAGCAAGCCUGAAGAACAAGGUCCCGGAGGUAGUAGUGCGAGGUGAAGAAACACGCGACGGGCUUGAAUCACGUGAUCUGGGAUCUGAGCAGAAACCACGUGAUCGUGUCUUGCUUGAUAUCGAUGAAAUGCCAAGUGAUAAAUGACAAAGUAUUUAUACAGAUUAUAUAAUCAGAGUAUAAGAAAUGCUAUAAUGACCCAAAAAUAGAGAUUAUUUAUCAAUAAAAUUGCCAAUUGCUCAUUAA